GUUGAAUUAUGUCGAUAAAGUGUGUUGAUAAGAUGACUUCAGAUCGAUAACGUGUGAUGUUGAUUUUUAAAAACCCUUUUAAAACUCUUGUAAAUCCGUUGAAAAGUCUAAUUAAGUGUGUUUCUUUAACAGAUGGCAUCAAGUGAUUUUGAACCCCUUGCACUACCAGAACCAACAUAUGGCAUGGGUUUUGAACCAAUUGUUGGAGCAAACAUAUGUCAACAUUCGGACUUAAGCCUAGUUGCCAAAGUUAAACAUGCAUUAGGAAAAGCAUCUUUCACGAAGCUUCAAUCUUCCUUCCUUGGGCCUAUCAUCAAUCUUUCGGCCAGAGACAUCAAAUUUUCUGAGAAAAUAUUCCACUACUUGAUGCUGAGAAGGCUGAAGACAAGAGGGAGAAACUUAUGGUUUACAGUCGACAUGCAACCUCUUCAGUUCUCCAUGAGAGAGUUCUUCCUUACAACAGGGAUUCAAUGCGAACCUAUUCAUAGAGAACCAAGGAAUAACGGCAAAGAUCCAAUUAGUGAACCAUAUUCUUGGGCGGUGAGAGGAGAUUACACUUUAACUCAACUUCAAUAUCGACUAUUUAAUGAACCGGAAGAGGGUGAAGAACCUUUGGAUGACAAGGAAAAGGAAUGCCUCGCUGCAGUGGUAUUAACAGAAGGUAUUUUGAUGACACCAUAUUCAUUAGAGAAGAUACCUCUGUCUAGGCUUAAGCAUGCAUCGGAUUUCGAGAUGUAUACAGCCCAACCAUGGGGCAAGGAAUCGUAUAACAUUCUCGCCACAUGCAUUCAAAAAUUCGAUAAAGAUUCUUGGUCAAAAGGGAUUCAAUGCGAAUCUAUUCAUAGAGAACCAAGGAAUAACGGCAAAGAUCCAAUUAGUGAACCAUAUUCUUGGGCGGUGAGAGGAGAUUACACUUUAACUCAACUUCAAUAUCGACUAUUUAAUGAACCAGAAGAGGGUGAAGAACCUUUGGAUGACAAGGAAAAGGAAUGCCUCGCUGCAGUGGUAUUAACAGAAGGUAUUUUGAUGACACCAUAUUCAUUAGAGAAGAUACCUCUGUCUAGGCUUAAGCAUGCAUCGGAUUUCGAGAUGUAUACAGCCCAACCAUGA